GCGACGACUCCCCUUGAAAAGGAGGAUUGUAUGACUUUGUGUGGUCCAUGCUGACCAUGCAGAAUGGCAAGAAUAGAACCUCGGGGAUCCGCCGAGCAACCGCUCCAAGGUGUAAUGAUGUGCUUCACUUCAAUCGGCCCGGAGGACAGGAGUCGAUAUGCCGACAUUGCGAUGCAGAUGGGAGCCGAGCACAAGCUCGACUUGACUUCCGACACGACGCACCUCAUUGUCGGUAGUACGGAUACCCUGAAAUAUCAAUAUGUCGCUCGAGAAAGAGAAGAUAUCAAAGUUCUGCGCCCGGAAUGGAUCGAGGCUGUUCGAGACCACUGGAUCAAAGACUUGCCUUUGGACCUCGACGCCCUCACCCUGCAAUAUCGGGUGCCGACCUUGGCCGGCUUGAAGAUAUGCAUUACAGGUUUUGAUGACCUUGCUUUUCGUGCCCAGCUACAGAAGAAUGUCAAGGAAAAUGGCGGAGAAUAUACAGGAGAUCUGACCAAGGAUGUAACACACCUCAUCGCUGCGAAGCCCGAAGGCAAAAAGUACGAAUAUGGUAUGCAAUGGCAGAAAAAGGUUGUCAGCCUCAAAUGGUACAAGGACACGUUGGAAAGAGGCAUGCAAUUGGACGAGCGACUCUAUCAUCCUACCGUUCCUGUCCCUGAACAAGGUCUUGGGGCUUGGAAUCGAAAAGCCCGGCCUUCUCCUCAACUUGGCAAACGCACGAGGGAAGACAAUAUGGGUCCAGAACCGUCUCGAAAGCUCCGGAGAACGGCAAGUGCCAAAUUUGGAAGCCAAACUCAAGAUAUGUGGUCCGAUAUCGUGGGCGGUGCAGGAUUUGAGCCCAAAAGGGCUGAGCGUCCAGAGCUGAAGCCUUCGAUCUCUAUGCCUGCCCUGCGAGACGUUGCUAGACCAUCCAUUGCCACUAGCAAUCACCGAGCCGAGCUCACCAAUGGGGCUCCUGAUCCCAUCACAAAGUCUGGGAGUUUGCGGUUUCUGACUGGUCGCCGGUUCGUAGUAAAAUAUUUCGAAGAGAAGAAGAGAAAACACCUCCAAAAUGUGUUGGUCGAGUACGGUGCGACAAUCUUGAGCGAGGGAGAUGAUCCCGGUGAGAACAAACCUGACAGUAUAUUGGUCAUUCAACCUCAUGAUAUAAGCAAGAAUGGCUCAGCAUCAACCGGACUUGUUGGCGAUGGCUUCCAGGCGGUGUCAGAGUUCUGGCUUGAAAAAUGCAUGCUUGCAAAGGCUUUCAUCGACCCAGGAAGUUACCCGCUUGGGCAGAUACUGACUGGACCCCUGGCAUGUUUGAAAGAUCUGACCAUCAACGCGACCGGCUUCGAUGGUCUGGAAGCCGUGCAUAUCUCCAAGAUCGCCACAUUGCUGGGGGGGAAUUACUCGCAGAUGUUUACUGAAGGGGUGUCCAUACUGGUCUGCAAGGCUGGCAAUGCCAAAAAGGACAAGCUUGAUCUGGCACAGCACCUGGGCAUUCCCGUGGUUAAUGAGGAAUGGUUGUGGUCAUCGAUCAAGAAUCAGACCAGAGCAAGUGUGGAAAGCUACCUUCUGAGGCAAGCUCGUCCGCGUAUAGCGAACAGUGAGAGGCCGGCGGACAAAAGGAGCGUCUUGAAAGACUAUGUCGAAGUGAGCACGAUUCCUCUCCCACGAAACGCCGGCGACCACAGAGCGAACCACCCGUCUAAACCAGUUGGCAAUGGAACACAUGAUGGUGUCGCGCCUGAGAUUCCGGUGGAAAAGUCACAUCCUGAUCCAAACGUCCAGCAGGAACCGGCAGAGGAGAUACAUGGACAAGCUAAAGAAGGACCAUUUGCUUCUAGUAGCGCGAGUGGUGCCUCGGGACGAAGUGAGAACAAAGAACGCUCAUAUGACAACGGGAACUGUCCACUCCGGGUAUUGUCUCCGAAUGGCAGAAACACACGUUUGGUGAACAACCGACCCUUGAUCCAAACACUGGACAGUACCUUGACAAUGGAUGAUUCGACAUCAAAAGAGAACGCUCCGGCGCCCAUCAAAACUGGUGCGCGGGCUGAAGUCCAAAGCAAAACCACAGAUAUUGAAGCAAUCAAUGGUGCCAUUCGAGACAUCCUGAACGAGCACUCCCGAAAGAAAUCUGCUGGCACCAAUCAAACUGAUCCACUGAAAAAGAAGAACAGGUUGUUCGGGCGAGCGCUGAGCAACCUGUCCAAUUCGUCAACGGCUUCGAAUGUGAGGUGCUCAAGAGCCAGUUCUGUUGACAGUAUCAACACGGACGGGAUUGGUAGCGAGAUUGUUACCAUGCAGUCAGUCGAGACGCAGAGCGGUGAGAGCACAUCUACAGCUGAGAAAGGCACCUUCAACUUCACUGGCCGGGCAAAGCGGGCUCUGGCUGCACUCAAAUCAGCUCCAUUGGAGAUGGACGAUCCGGACAUGCCCAGAAAUGUCGGUUUCCCAACAGAGCAGGAUGCGGCACCACCCAUGACGCAGCUAGGUUAUGAAGACCCCGAAGAGGCAAUCUUGUUGCGGGAGAAACUGGCUGCAUCGAGAAAAAAGGGAUCGGGAAAGGACAGGGCAAACGAAGAAGAUGAGGAAGCUCCACCUGCGAGGCGACUGAAAUCCGCGAACCGGAAGAUUCGAGACGAUGAUUUACUUGCAAGUGUCAAUGCCGGAUGGGGUGCUGGAAAACGGACUAGGCAUAAGCAACGAAGUCCUCCGGGUCAAGGAAUCAAGGACUUUUGAAUGCUCAAUGCUGCUCCUUGUUUACCUUUCUGGUCUUGUGCAGAAAUGUGUGCGGUCGGUAUUUGGCCGUUAUUGAACAAUCAAAAAGUCUUGACGUGAUUUCAUUUGUCC